CUCCCCCGAUUUCUUCUCCCCCUCGCGCGAGUUCCUUUCUCCCGAGCCCUCUCUCGCGACUUCUUCUCGCUUGAUCGCCGGUCGCCACGAGCUCAUCGCCGGCAAUAAUCCCUCCUCCAGCGUGCCUAGGCCGAGCCCCCCUCCUCCCUCUCCUUCCCGAGGCGUGAGGUCUUCGCCCUUUUUCUUUCUUGCGGGCGAUCGACGAUGAUCCGGCGGAGCUAGGGCACGACAGGGGGGAGUUGAUUCACAUCUUUCUUGGUGGAUCGAGCCCCUCUCAGCUUUUCUAUUUGAUCUAUUCAUUGGAGGGGGUUGCGGAUCGUCGUCCAGUUGAGGUGGAUCGCGCGGAUCGAUUGAGAGGAAACAGAGGAUCCGCGUGCUGUGGACGUUCCCUGUUGCCGGCCACUGCCAAUUCCACUUCUUGAAGCUGUGGAGGGUUCCUGCUCGGGUUCACUACUGGAAAGGUCACCAAUUUCGGCAAAGGUUAGCAGCUCGUGUUCCUUACAGUUGCAUUUGGAGGGGAAGUUGCGGCAGAAUUUAGUUUGGGGUCAAUCUGUUCCACUAGUCCGGCCAAUUGAUUCAGCGAGCCAAUAGCUGGUUCUUAUAAUAGAUCCAUGGCAAAGAUUGCGCAAUCCCAGAAUCUGCCUGCUGACGUGAUGCAUCUCAUCGAGCAGCUCGAGCGCCACUGCCUCGCCCCUGAUGGUUCUUAUGUGUCAAAAUCUUCUUUCACCGAACUUCAACUUGCGAGGGAGGAAAUGCUGCGGGAGCGGACAUGCUACUUGGAAGCCAUGGCGGUUUAUGGUGAGGCAAUCACGAUGGUUGAAGAGUACCAGCAGACUGUUUUGGGGGGGAACCUUGGAGGGGUUAAAGACAUUCCUGGUCUCCAUUCUCAUCUCGGGCAGAAGUGCUCCCCUGAGGUUUAUGAUUAUCUUGAGCACCGUCUGGCAGUUGCUGAGGCUGCACAGAGGUUAAGACUUCCCCUUCUGUCUAAAGAUGGGGAAAUCAAUGAGGAGGAAAUAGAGAAAGUUAGUAUGAUUUCAAGGAGCUCUAUCGACAGCACUAUAAGUGUAACUCCAAGCACUAGCUCAAAUUCAACAAGCUAUAAUAACAGUUAUUCAAAUAGCAGUAGCACUGUCUUGGGAUUUCCAGCUCCAGCUAACAGUUCUGAUGCUAUUGAACCUGGAGUUGGUGGGGUGCCAAAUCGUUUUCUUGGAGUAACAGCAGAUUUUCUAUGGCAAGUCCAACAGCAAAAUCCUUCUAUGAAUGUGGAUACGUCAGAGCAUCAGAGAACCCUUGUUCGUGAAAUUGAAUGUCGCUUAGAUGCUAAGUGUGAAGCAUUAGCUGAUAUUUUCGCUAUGAAUGAUAAUGACUCGCCAUCACUUAGUCAAAUUUCAAGUGCUCGGCUUCCAGAGAGGGUAAAGUUAAUUAUUGAAGAGAUUGAGAGGGAAGAGGCUGUGUUGUUAGAGGACCUUUAUUCAAUGGACAGGAAGUUUGCAGAGCACUACAAUGUCCUGGAGCAAAUACUUGGAGUGCUUAUCAGGUUUGUCAAGGACCUGAAGUUGCAGCAUCAGCAUCAAUAUGAUGAAUUGAGGAAAACAUGGCUUUGUAAGAGGUGUCAGACAAUGAAUGCCAAACUCAGUGUUCUUGAACAUCUUCUUCUGCGUGACACUUACACUAAGGAUUCUGUUCCAGCCCUGCAUAAGAUACGCAAAUAUUUAUUGGAAGCGACAGAAGAAGCAUCCAUUGCUUACAAUAAAGCGGUCACACGAUUACGGGAGUACCAAGGCGUCGACCCACAUUUUGAUACAAUUGCAAGACAAUAUCAUGAGAUUGUGAAGAAACUGGAAGGAAUGCAAUGGACGAUUCAUCAAGUAGAAAUGGAUUUGAAGCGUUCACUUGAGCACUCAUCCUAAGCACAAGUGGACCGUGGCUUCUCGCCAGGCGGAGGUGUUGUUCCUCCGGUUAGAAGGUAGCAAUGAUCAUCGACCACCACUUCCAUGUGGGGCGCCUUACCCAUGUUAUUUGCAAGGAUUUUUGGUGUUCAAGCCGUGGUUCAUUUGUGACAUUCCAUGGCUCUUUACAUUAAGUGCUAGUGAAAUUAAAUUUGUUGUGAUUUGUGGAAAUUAUUAUAUUCUAUCUAUUAAAUCCUGUGUCUUCUGGUUGUUC